AUGUCCAGUGCUGCUGGCGCGAGACUGGCAGCCUCCUUCAAAAUGUUAACACUCUCAGCACCCCAACAGCCAAACACUUCCAAUGCAAAAGCACAUGCACUUUUAUUCACGGUAAUAUUAUUAUUACAACAGGAUGUAGAUCUCAAUCAUCGAGGCAUCAGGAAGCUAGAAGGACUCGAGGAAUUGGUGAACGUUGAAAGUCUUUGUUUGCGGCAAAACUAUGUCACAAAGAUUGAGUGUUUGGAGACGCUGACCAAGUUGACUGAUCUUGAUCUGUAUGACAACCGGCUGAGCAGAAUUGAAAAUCUUGAGGCGUUGACAAAUCUGACGAGUCUUGAUCUGUCAUUCAAUGGCAUUCGCGUAAUCGAGAAUCUUGGGAGUCUGACAAGGCUAACAAAACUCUUCCUAAUCAGCAACAAGAUCACUCACAUUGCGGGACUAGAUUCCCUCACGAACCUCACGAUGCUCGAAUUGGGUGCAAACAGAAUCAGAGUGAUUGAAAACCUCGACCGUUUAGUCAACCUGGAGAGCUUAUUCUUGGGCAAAAACAAGAUCACCCGACUGCAGAAUCUAGACGGUUUGAUUAGUUUGCGAGUAUUGAGCAUCCAAAGCAAUAGAAUUGUCAGAUUGGAAGGAUUGUCACAGUUGGUCAGUCUUGAGGAGUUGUACAUUAGUCACAAUGGAAUAGAGGUCAUCGAGGGUCUCGAGAGCCUCACGAGGUUGACAACGCUUGAUCUGGCAUCGAACAGAGUCAAGAGAGUGACGGGCGUAAGACAUCUAGUCAAGCUAGAGGAAUUCUGGUUCAAUGACAAUCUGUUGGAGCAUUGGGAAGACGUCGAUCAGCUCCAACUUGCAAAGCAACUGCAGACUGUGUAUUUCCACGGCAACCCGAUAUCCAAGGAAACGGCAUACCGAAGGAAAGUCAAGCUGGCCUUGCCAUCAUUAACCCAAAUCGAUGCCACAAGAUGCGUGUAAGUAGUCAAAAUUUUGAAGAC